AUGAAAGAUGUAAUAGCUUGUUCUUUUUGGGGUGGUGGGGAUGUGGGGUGGUUGGCAAAGAAUUCUCAAGGGAUGUCUGGCGGUAUUCUUACGCUUUGGAACAAGGAGGUGGUGGACGUGUGUUUUAGCUUUUCCGAGGAAGGUUUUUUAGGCAUUUGUGCAAUGUUCAAAGGUGUGAAAUACUACUUUGUAAGUAUUUAUUCUUCGUGCCAUAUUGCGUUGAAGAGGAGGUUGUGGGGGGAGUUAAUAUCUCUGAGAAACAGAUGGGUGGAUGGAGAGUGGUGUUGGGGGGGGGAUUUCAACUCUAUUCGAUGCGAAGCUGAACGUGUUGGUAGGGGGUCUUUUUUUAGGUCUCAAGAGGCGUCGGAAUUUAACGAUUUCAUUGAGCUGAUGGAGGUGGAAGACUUACCUACGGGUGAGAGAAAAUCCACAUGGAGUCGGGGGGGAGCAAGAGCGUUGAGCAGGAUAGAUAGGUUUCUGCUGUCAGACGGAUUCGUUAGGCUUAUCUCCGCUGAGUCCCAACAAAUUGGCUUGAAGGAUAUAUCAGAUCAUAACCCUGUUUGGUUGAGAUGUAAGAAAACUAAUUGGGGUCCUAAGCCGUUUCGGACGCUUAAUUGUUGGCUAGAUCAUCCUGAGUUGGUUAGCUUUGUGGCUGCAGAAUGGGGUAAAAUGGUUGUUUCAGGAUCAAGCGCUUUUGUAAUUAAGGAGAAGUUUCGAAUUCUGAAAGAAAGGUUACGAUGGUGGAACAUUUCCGUGUUUGGCUGGGUGGAUUGCGGGAUUGAAAAAGCUGUUGAUACGAUUAAUGAGUGGUGA